UCAAUUAGCACAAUGAACAAGGAAUUUAUCAUGCAGGGCGGCACGCCUAUAACCUGCGAGCUGGCAACGGAGCUGCGCAAACUGGUCUUUGGCACCGCCGCAAUACCCAUGCGUGCCGAGUGGCUGCAGACGUCCUUUGUCUUUGGAGCACCGCCCAAGGAGGAGCUGGCAUACGGCCUGCGCUCGCCACGGAAUGCCACGCGCGGCAUGCUGUCCGUGGUUCAAGGUUUCAUAUUAAAGUACCUGCUCUUUGCCCGCAAAACCAGCCGUGCGACCGCCACGACUGAUCCUUUGUUCGCCACCGCCGAGAUGCAGCGAGAUGCGCUCUUCAAUGCUCUGGUCGAGAUAUUGCGCACCAUUUCGGAUAAGGGCAAGGUUACCAUGGUGCUGCCUUCGGAGGACGAGGUGUUUGUGGAUCACAGUGCCAGUUACUUUCACGAUACGGUGACCGAAAAGCUUUAUACCUUUACACUCUCGCCCAACGAAGAACUGGAACACUUUAUGAAGCGAAACUUCAAAUACUUUACAGAAGAGGAAACGCCGGGCACUCUGCUGUUUCUUUAUAGCGCUGUACUCACACGCUCGAUGGGAAAAGUGCGCACCGACUUGGACUCGACAAAGUCAUCGCCGUUGACGAUGAGUAACCACGAGGAGGGCUCCCUCAUGAUAGUCACUCUGCUGUUGACUGGCCGUGCCACGCCCUAUAUACACAAUGGCGUUAUCAAUGUGGGCGACGAGAAUAGUUAUGCAGUGCCACAGUAUGGAGUAUUGAAGCGCUGCAUGAUCGGCUUGCUCCUCUGGGACAUUGAGUCCGCCAGUGCUGCUGUUAAUCAAUCGAGGCAGCCUGGUUCGCGCCUGAAGACGCCCAACUAUCCCAUUUGGAUAACCAGCUGCACGGGUCACUUUGGCGUCAUUUUCAAUCGGAAUCCGGACUUGCUACGCAAUUAUCAUGCCGAGUCGCGCUUUGAUGUCAACUAUUACAGCUGUUCGGGCCAUCAAAUACUGAUGACCAUCGAUAAUCGCACCUACAAUGAGCAGGCAUUGGUCAUGUUGGAGCGACAACCAAUCACACCGGAGAGUACCUCGCUAACGGGCAAGCAAGCCGGCAAGGAUGAGGCCGUUACGGCUGGAGGUGCUAUUGCCGGUGUUGGUGUGGCUGGCGCUAGCGGCGGUGUUGGUGGUGCUGCUAGUGGCGCUAGCGCUGGCAACGAUGUGGUCGCCAAGGAGGAGUCAAUGCUCAACACACCAUUGCAGCGUUUGAUUCAUACCAAGUGGGAAGAGGCAACUAUAAGCUUUCACGUGCAGCCAUCGAUGUUGAGUUAUCUUUUUAGUACCACACAGUAGACAGAGAUCAGCUAAUCUACACUCGAAAAGUAUCUAUUUCGAAGAGAAGUUAGGAAAUACGAACCAUAUGAGCCCAUCACAUAACUUUGCAUCAUACGAAUCACACCCGUUUUUUAGUACUUUUAGAGCUUAAAUAGCUUCAAUACUUAUGAUUAGUUCACUUUUAACAAUUAUAAUAUUCAUAAUAGAGCAGUUAAAGUAAUCGGAAAACUCAUUGAGGCAUUGCAGCUAGCUUGUUAUGUUGUCUCUUGAUCUAUGAUAUAAAUCGACUUUCUUGGCGAAUGACCAAUUCAACUCUCCACGAGUCAAUGCAAAAUUAUCUUCCCUUCACAUCAAACCAAGUAAGUCUUUCAAACCACAAAACAUAAUCAUUUGGGUAAACAUUAGCCGUUCCUAGAACUCCUUCGACUGUUUUCUGUUUAUCUAUAAAUCGUAGUCUCAUAAGAGACAAAAUUGUUUAAUAU